AUGGAGAAUCAACGGCAGGAAUCCUUCAAACAGCUCCGUCAACCUUGCGUGGAGCUCAGUUCAAUCGGCCUACGCUUUCGUGGAAAUCAGGCGACAUCCCAAGAACUGAUGCGAGCCCUUGAACCCGUCCACGAUGUAUUGCAGACACUUGCAGGGAAGAAUGCGCUGGACGAGAAGCUCGCCGAAUACGCCUUCUUCCCACUCACGCAUAUUUUCAAUCAGACGCAACGACUACCGACACGAUGCCUCGAAAUCGCGGUACAUUCUCUCCAAAUACUAGUCAUCAGCGGCUAUCGGUCGCAAUUGAACCCGGCUUUGGGGAAGCAGCUGAUUAUCCUUUUGACGUUGGUUGUGGCGGGAUCCCCAAACAAAGCCGAGGACAAAAGCCUUCCUAAAGCGCAAGCUUCGGAAGAGCUUGCGGUUGCUGGCUUUGAUUGUAUGAGGUCUGUAUUCGAUGUUUUGGAAGGUCCUGUCGCUGGAAAGACCAUCUUCCACGAAAUCGGCACGGCAACCGUUGUCGAUCAGACCGUCUAUAUGUUGCUGGAAGGGCUGGCCGAUGAAAGAUCUGAUGAAGUUUGUCUCGCCGCCGCAAAGGCGCUACAGGCCUUAUAUGCUCGUAUCACAGAUCGAGUGGUCCUGGCGAGUAUCAUGCCGCGUACAGUGUCAGCUUUAGCGAAGGUAGUGAGACCGACAACCCAGGCUCGGCGGUCAUACAAGCUUCUACAAAUUUCGCUUCAAAUUCUCACGUAUAUCCUGAGGACUGUGUUGAAUGAUCGUGUUGCCAACAUGGAAAAACCGCCUCCUUCUCUUGGGCAAAGUGAUGGCCUCGUGCUGGACGAUUCCUGGCUAAAAGCUACGACGACUCAGAUCAAGCUCGCCUUGGCAAACGUCAUCCAAAUUCGACGACAUCCGCGACUCGAAGUACAAACAGCAAUGCUGGACCUUUGUGUGAUGGUGGUUGAAGAUUGCCCAAACACAUUGAAAGACGCUGUUCAGAUGAUGGUCGAAACCGCCGUGGUCCUUGCCGAUAAAGAGGAGGAAGGAUCGAACCAUGCAUAUAAUAUAGUGUCUCACCUCACGACAUCUUACCCGAUCGUGCUAGAGUCUUUAAAGGAAUCGCUUCAUACGUGGCUUACUUCCUUCCCUCGAAUCAUGCAGAGCAAUGACGAGACAGCUAAACAAUGGGGCAUCCGUCAAAUUUCUACUGCCUUUCAAAUACUGUCGCAGGUACAAUCCCAAUCAGAUUUGCUCACAGCUGGCUUGGCCACUGGGUUGUGUGACAGUGUCGGUGCUGUUGUCAAACAGGGCACUACUGCACUUCAGCCUGUGUCCUCUUCGACUUUUGGCGACGUCAAAUGGGAGGUUCUACACUUAGAUGCAGAUUCGAAGACAUUCCCUCCAGUACUCUUGGAUCAUCGCAGUCAACAGCAAACCCUGAAGGACCUGCGCUCUAUGAUUAUAAGGUUGAAUUUUUCAGAGUCUGGGAACGAGAUCACCCGUUCCAUCAUCAACCGCUUACAUUCGGCAUCGGAUUCUUCUAUAAUCGCUCCAUUCUGGCUUGCUCUUACAUCCCUCCGUGCUCAAGCACAACAAUCGGCUGCGUUCGAUGACUUGAUUUCUGAAGAUCUACUGAAGCAGCCUCUGGCGGGUCCAAAUCGUUGGAGUAUGAUCGAAGAGCUUUAUUAUGUGUCUUUAUCAAUUCUCAACGACAUUCCCUCCGAUGGCUCAGGCGAUUGGCGUACUGCGGCUCUUGCAUUGGAAGCAGUUGCUCUCCAAGCACAGCAGCUUGGAGAAGCCUUCAGGCCAGAGCUAAUGGAUACGCUUUAUCCAACACUGCAACUACUUGCCUCAAGCAACCCGAAUCUUCAAAAACAUGCCAUGACAUGCCUGAAUAUUCUUACUUCUGCCUGCAAUUACCAGGACGCUGGCUCCAUGGUCAUUGAGAAUGUGGAUUACCUGGUCAACUCGGUGGGGUUGAAGCUGAACACCUUUGAUGUGUCGCCGUACCCACCACAAGUCCUUUUCAUGAUGGUCAAGCUGUGUGGUGCGCGUCUUAUUCCCUACUUGGAUGACUUGGUUGACUCUGUUUUUGGUAUCUUGGACCUGUACCACGGAUACCCGAAGCUCGUGGAAAUCAUGUUCAAGACAUUGGCAGCAGUUGUCGAAGAGGGCUCCAAAAAACCAUACCUAUUGACGAUCGACAGUGGUCGAGAGAGCGGUCCAUUCGACUCACACAAGACCAAAUAUCAACAUCUGUCUGUUGCUGCACUUGCUGGGAAUAUUUCAAGCCGAAAAGAAAAGCUUUCAAACAUCGCCAUUGAAGACAUGGAAGCCGAUGGAAAUGUUUACCACCCCAAGAAGCCAUGGUCCGAGACCUAUGAGAAUCAACCACCCGAGUCUGAAUCAAUCGAGGAACUUCUCAACAAAGCCAAAUCUGAUGAGCCCCUUCCACCACCCAAGGAGCCCGAGGAUAGCGAGAAGCCACUAAGCAAGACACACUCUCUCCUCCUACACAUCGUCAAAUCUAUCCCCUUGCAUCUCUCCUCUCCAUCACCUUAUCUUCGGCGCUCUCUACUUUCUAUUCUCAUCGACGUGCUCCCAACCCUCUCGCAGAACGAGAACAGCUUCCUCCCUUUGAUAAAUGACCUUUGGCCAUCGGUAGCAUCAAGAGUCAUCUUUCCAUCUUCACUAGGGGCCGAGUUGUCCUCAAAAACCCUGAUGACACGAUCGACUACCGAAUCAAACCGUUCCGCGAACCAACCCGAUACCCAUGCUUACCAGGAAGAAACAUUCGUCAUCACCACAGCUUGCCAGGCUAUGGAGGUAAUGUGUAAAGGAGCUGGUGAUUUCAUGGCUUCGCGCAUUGAAACCGAGUUCCCUCGCUGGGCACGUCUGUACCAGCGUGUCUGGACGAGAGUGCGAAAAGAUGCUGAAUCCGUGAACGAACGACGAGCGCGGCAGCAGAAGGGCAAAGCGAAUGCCUCAUUCACUGAGGCAUUUGAACCCUCUCUUGCCGUUGUUUCCUCCCUUGCUCUUUCCACGACCACGCAUGGGUCAAAAGCAUUUACUCCCGAACACGCUCUCUGGCGAGCCUUGAUAUCCCUCUUUUUGACGGUCUUGUCACAUGUUCGCUUGCCUUUGGAGGUUGGUGAUCAGAUUUGCGAGAUGCUCGGUUCUUGGGUUGCGCUGUUUGUUGGAACGGACUACUAUUUCCUUCCCUCAAGGAGAACUGCCAUCGCUGAAAACGAGGCUCAGAGAAGUGUUCGCGAGUCGGUCGAGGAUGCAAUCCAGGCUAUGGAAACCUGGAACUCCGAUCUUACUUGGUUUAUCUUCGUCCAUCAAAUUCGCAGUGCGCCAGUGACUACAGGGAUCUCGACUCCCGUUCAUGCGGUCGAUGAGUCCAAACUGCUGGUGAACUUUGACGGGGAGAAACUGCAUUUUGCAGAAGUUGUCUUCUAG